UUACUUUGGUGUCGAGGAUUGAGGCUUCAGCUUAUAUGUGCCCCUCUUUACUGCAUUGGUUUCGCGUUGGUAUGGGUAGUAUUUCAGCGGAUGGACGAUGAUGUUUCCAAUGAUUUUCGAGUUCUGACUUGAACUUAUUGAUUGAAGAGGCAUUUAUGGCAAUUUCAGGAAGGUUAUUUCAAUUAUUUAUGCUCUGCACUGAAAAUGAAAUCUGCCUCAUCUUAGACUUGCAGUGGGGCUUCCUUAUUUUGAGCCCGUGUCCCCUUGUUCUGGAUUCUUUGAUGAUUUCAAACAUGUCAUUCUUCUCUACAGCCUCCAAUCCAUGCAUGAUCUUGUAUAUAUUUGAAUUUGAAUUUGUUCUUAUUUUUCAUCUCCUAUUGCACCAUGUUUCACAUUUAUCAAUUCUUACAUGAGCUCUUGCUCUGUACUCAUCAAAUAAUCAAUUUCAGAUACAAGAUGGAAGGUGACUGGGGGGACUACGAGGAGGAGGACUAUGGGGACAUGAUGAUGGAAGACUAUCUUCCAACCUUAGAGGACCUUGAAGCAAUGGGCAUCGACACUGAGCAGCUCCGGGACCUCCCUGACAAAGCCCUUUACCAGCUUCUUCAGCAGUACAUGAUGGCUGGCAACCAGAUGGGAGACGGCAUGUAUGAAGAUUACGGUCCAGGCGUAGAUAUGGGAGCAGAACAAGAUUUCUCAUAUGUUCAGCAUCUUCAAGAUUGUACGAUGCCUGUCACACUGCAGGCAAUUCAACUCAUGAUACCUCUAUUUCUGCUCUGUGGGAGCUUAAGGUUGUCUGCAUUACUAGAAAUCCCCAUAAGUAUUCUUCACAUGGUAUGUGCAUGUUCCGGUCUCUAUCUGAUAUGGAUAACAUUCCAGACGGAAGCUGCAUACAUUAUUUGUCUAGCUGUACUUGGAUACCUUCUUCUUCUCAUCCUUAUGCUCAGUGGUGUCAAGCAGAAAGGACCUAUCUCCGCCAUUUUGUGCAUCGCAACUGUUACUUCAUGGGAGUUGUUCUUGGCUGAUCCAAUAAGUUGGCACAAAGUUAGAGGUGCGCAGAUGAUUUUAAUGAUGAAGGUGAUAUCAGUGGGUUUUGAUCUAGACCAAGGGACAUUGUCAAGUCUACCUGGCCCAUUGGAAUACUUUGGCUAUACCUUCUGUGUUGGGACAUCUAUCUUUGGGCCAUGGGUGAGCUUCACAAGCUACAUGGCCAUGCUGCAACCACACCAACCGAAUCUACGAUGGUUCCUCCAUGUUAUUACCAGUUCAUUCUUGGCUAUCCUCUGCCUUCUUAUAUCAGUCUGUAUUACACCCAUUCUCUUUGUCGGCUAUGAAGCAAGGUGGUUACUUGCAUACAGCGAUGCAGCUUCAUUCCGAUACAGUCAUUACUUUGUGAGCUAUCUAUCUACCGCCUCCAGUGUGCUAGCUGGAUAUGGUGCUGUUAAAGACACUGAUGGAAAUACCAAUUGGGAGUUUUCUGUGGCCAAGCCCCUUCAUAUAGAGCUGCCAAGGUCACUAGUUGAGGUGGUAACUAAUUGGAACCUGCCCAUGCAUUAUUGGCUGAAAAAUUAUGUUUUCAAAACAACUAGAAAACUUGGAAACUUUGUUGCAGUACUCAUGACAUAUGCUAUCAGCUCAGUUCUUCAUGGUCUUAAUUUUCAGUUAGCAGCUGUGCUUCUUUCUCUGGGGUUCUAUUCAUAUUCAGAAUAUGUAUUCAGACAGAAAUUAGCUGAUAUAUUCAAUGCCUGCAUUAAGGCAAGGAGAUGUAGAGGAGAGUGCACACAUCAUUAUAAGAGUACCCAACCAUGUGUGAUGAUAGCCAAUCUACUAUUUGGUCUUUUAGCUGUGUUUCAUCUAGCAUAUCUUGGAGUCAUGUUCAACACAGACUCAGAGAUACAGCAGGAGGGUUACACCAUGAAGCAUACGCUUGAGAAGUGGUCCAACCUCGGCUAUGCCAGUCAUUAUGUAGUACUAGGAACAUUCAUCUUCUACUGGCUGAUCAAGUGAUCAUUCAACCUCUCUAUUAGCGCUAGACUGUAACCACAGACUAAGACAUUGUUUGGAGUAUAUAUUCCAUACACACAGUGAAUGUGUGGCAAAAGAUGACCAUGGCAGUCCACUGCUUGUUCCAUUGGCCAACCAAAGCAGGGAAAGGGUUAAAGCAACUGAACCAUGAGCUGAAGAGUGAACAAACUCUUCAUUCCUUCUCGGACCAUUCCACGAUAUCUACCCAGUACAGGAUGCAGGAUCAAGCCUUAAUUCCAGAUCUUCAGGAGUACAGGGUUAUGGUAGGAGCAGAAAGGUGCUCCAUUCU